AUGGCUUUGGAAACUCUAGUACAUACAGCAGAGCAACGAUUCGUCAACCACCUACUACAAUCGACGUUUCUGUCAUUAGUAAUUGCGUUCGUUACAUAUGUCGUUCUCAAUGAAUUCUCCCGCAGCAAAGCCCGGGUUCCCGGAUUGGGCGGCCCAAAAGGCUUGCCACUGAUUGGAAACCUUUGGGAUAUCCGGACCAAUGCAGCAGAAAAAUACGAAGAAUGGGCAAAGGUGUACGGUGACGUCUACCAAGUGCAAAUGGGCAAUGUGCCAGUAGUCGUCGUCAACAGUGCUGCUGCUACAAAGACGCUCUGGAUCUCGCAUUCCCAAGCUUUGAGCUCGAGACCUACGACAUAUACCUUCCACAAGAUUGCUUCAAGUACAGCUGGCUUGACUAUCGGUACAUCGCCUUAUGACGACUCGCUGAAGCGAAAAAAGAAGGGUGUAGCAGUUGCAUUGAACCGACCAGCGAUCCAGUCUUAUGUCCCAUAUUUUGAUAUGGAGUCCAAGUCCUUUAUCGAAGACCUCUUCACUUAUGGGCAGGCAGGGAAAGUUCCUAUUGACCCUCUGCCUCUAAUUCAGAGGCUGUCCUUGUCGCUCGCCAUGACCAUCAACUGGGGUGUACGGGUGCCGUCCCACGAGGACAGGUUAUUCAAAGAGAUAGUAGAAGUUGAGGAAGAGCUAAAUCGUUUCAGGUCAACCACUGGCAACCUGCAGGAUUAUAUCCCUCUGCUACGACUAAACCCCAUCAACAAGACGUCGGCAAAGGCACGCGAAAUGCGCGAUCGUCGAGACCACUACUUGAGGACCUUGAAUAACGAGCUCUCAGAGAAGGUAGCCAUGGGAUCGAACAAGCCAUGUAUCCAAGCGAAUGUGAUCAAGUUCAAGGAAGAGACACUGAGUGACGUUGAGCUCAUCUCAAUCAGCCUCUCGGUCCUCGGUGGUGGUUUCGAGACGGUAUCGAAUACUGUACAAUACAGCAUGGCCUUUCUAGCCCAGCAUCCAGAAAUCCAAGACAAGGCCUAUCAAGCGAUACAGGAGUUUCAGGGGUCCGAUAAUCCUCUGUGUGAUGCUUCAGACGACCAGAAGUGCGCUUAUGUGAACGGUUUAGCAAAAGAAGCUCUUCGAUAUUUCACAGUGGUCCCACUGAACUUGCCCCGGCAGUCGACCCGGGACAUUGAUUACAACGGUGUGCGGAUACCGGAGGGCACGACUUUUUAUAUGAAUGCAAUGGCUUGCAACUGGGACCAUGAACUUUGGGACGACCCAGAGGUGUUUCGGCCAGAACGCUGGAUCGAGAAACCGGACGCGACUGUCUUCACCUUUGGCCUUGGCUACAGAAUGUGCGCGGGCCAUCUCCUGGCUUCGAGAGAGCUAUAUCUCGUCUUUAUGAGGCUGCUAAGCAGCUUUCGCCUCGAGUCGCACGGCACAGUCGACACAAAUCCAAGAACGGGAAUGAAGAAUCCUCGGGAUUUGAUCAUGGCGCCAGAGAGAUAUCGGAUUUUCUGCGUGCCAAGAAGUGAGGGCCGCCUUCGUCAAGCUUUGGCAGAUCAUAAGGUUGAUGAGAUAUGCCCCGCGGUAGAUAUACCAUUCUGA